CCACAGCUCUGCGCUACCCCCGGGCCCUGGGCCUCAACAAGGGCCACGCGGAGACCGAGGACGUGAGCAGGCCGGGCACAGCCCCUGCGGACACCUCCCCGACACACCAAGUUCGUGCGGGACGUGAUCGCAAGGUGCACGGCUUCGCCCCUGACAAGCGGCCAGCCAUGGAGCUGCCCAAGAUCUCCAAGGACAAGCGCGCCCUCAAGGUCAUCAGGAAAAUUGUGGGGACACGCAUCCAUGCCAAGAGGAAGAGAGAGGAGCUGAGCAAGGUCCUGGAGGCCAAGAAGGACUGA